CACCAUCAGGGCCCCCUAAACUACUCCACUAGGCUUCAACCACAUCACCUCUUGUUCCCCUACUCCCACAGCAACACCCCACAUUCCCACCACAGCAACACCACCCAAUUCCCACCACAGAGCUCCCCACCCCUCCACCAACCCCGGCAACCACCACAACCCAACGCACUUCGCUCACUGCUAGCUACGUCAAGCUGGGUGUUGUCUCUCCUUGCUGUGCGCCAUCACUACGCGCUGCCGCCUGCUCUCUUAUUUCUCCCCUGCUGGCACGCUAAUGCCUCGAACGAGGCAGUAUUGUGUGUGUAGGUGUGGUGGAGUGGUGGACGGAGGAGAACAGAACAUGGCGAAGCUCAGUGGUUGUCUGGCUGGCCUGGGGCUGGUCUGACCACCACCACCACUGCUGUUUAUGGGCCUGCAUAUCUCCGCCAUUUAUGUAACUCGUCUUAGCGGGGUCCACGUAAGCCUGUAUACAACGACCUCCUCGUCCAAGAGAGAUGUGAAUAGUGGCGAACCAGUGUCGUGGAGUGAAUGUCUGAGGUGUUACUCGAGGAAUUCCGGGUUAUUGAGCGUGGAGGAGCGUCAAGUGUGGAAGAUAUCAGGAGAUUAGGUACUGUCGAGGUCCCAACUACGCCUGCACACACACACAUACACACGCACACAUCAGCUGGCGCUACAGACGCGGCGAGUUUUGGCGACAGUGGUGGUUCCCCUGGUGUCGUCUCGUCCCUAAACGCAGUAUGUCGUGAGUGGAGGGGUAUGAGGAGGGGGCAGGGGCAGGGGAAGGGGCAGGGGGAGGGCGUGAAGAGCCGUGAGGAGAGAGGAGAGGUGAUCCCGUCACGUGGGGCCGAGUAUUGACUCACUCCGCCGUGACGAAUCAACAUCCAGCGGCUCCUGGGCCAAAGUGCGUUCUAGCCAGCGCGCCUCUACCCUCACACCGACUUGUUUUUAUGGGUUUUCAAGAAGUACCAGUGUAUGUGUGUUUCCCCAUUUCUCCGACACCGUGUGCAGUGUUUCAUUUGAUUACACCCGUUAAUCACAAAUGUACGACUGGUUCUUCUGAGAAAUGGGAUUGAUUUGCGAGGUGGUGGUGCACCGCUAGAACGAGCUGUUAUAAAUUUCCUGUCACGUUCGUAGUGGCGUGUGUGAGCGUGACAUAGUCUACAGUACACUCACGCACGCGCACCUACUCCGGCCAGUUGUGUGCUUGGCGUGGGCCAGUGCGAAUAUGACAGAGGUCGUGGACAAGACGCUUAUCGAAAGGUUGAUAUUAGAGCAUUCUGAUCGCUUAGAACUGGAGAUUAAUCAGAAGGCGCGCGCUGAUGCUUGGAAAUUCUAUUAUCGUGUGCGAGUCGAUCAUGUGAUUCGACCUUUCGCCGUGUGUAAGGUAUGUUAUCGAGUGUUACAUUGCGACUCAAGGAGUGGGACAGCCAGCCUGCUACGCCAUCCAUGUAACCCACUGUCAGAGAGAUCCCCGGUAAAUCGUGCCGUCAAGUUAUCGGCCAAACUUAACCUGCCGGCGGACACCACCGCCGCUCUCAAGAACGACGUCAAAAACGAUAAUUUUAUAGAUGACAGUGUCGUCAAGGAGGAGGUGGUUAUUAAGAGCGAGGUGGCGUCUUAUAGUGAUGGAGGGAGUGCCAGAGCUUCGCCAGUGUCCCUCACUACUACUGCCCGAGCGUCACCCACCAGCACGGGCUCGCCGCCCACUGCCGCCCAGCCUACCACCACCUCCGCCGCCUCCGUCGGGAGUCGGAAACGGAAGGCCGGCGCCCCGCCACCGUCGUUCCCGAUUGACUUGAGGUUCCUGCAGAUCCCACAGCUGGUAGCUGCGGCUGCGGCACACCCACUCACAGCUCUCAACCUUGCUAACGCAACCGGGCUCUUCGCUGACCCGCAGCGUCUGCAGCAGCUACAACAGCAGCUGCACCAUUCACACCUCGAACACCUGCACCGGCAGCAGCAACAGCAUCAGCAACAGCGGGAACGAGAGGAGGAGGCUAAACGUGCGCGUGUGGAUAUAGUGGUGCAGGAGGCAAGGGCGCGCAGCCCAGCCAGUCCUGGCGAAGCCUGUAGCAGCUCCUGGGGCCGCGUCAGGGUGAAAAAAGAACGCGCGGAUACCAGCGACACCGUGCCGGAGGACCUGAGAGGUUCCGUCUCCCCCAGCAGGUAUGGCGGACGCCUGCGUGAAGAGGGAGGGGAGGAGGGGGCCGGGCUCAGUAAAGACAUUGUCCAGCAACUGGUCAGUAGCGGAUCCUCCCGCAUUACACUCUCAGAGAAGGAUGCUGCAGGCUCUCACUACAUCUCUGACGUGUGGUGCAGGUUUUCCGUGGUGUGUGUGGACGGCGUGGUGCGGCCCUUUGCAGCAUGCAAGCAUUGCCACAAGGUGGUCACCUACACCAAAUACAGCGGCACGGGAGGCUUGCUGCGACACCGUUGCUCAGCUACUGACCUCAACUCCAGACAUCCUGACGAUGUUGUGCCUCCCACGGAAGGGGACCCGAGAUUGGGUGACUCUCCGCCGCCCACAGUGCGCGCCCACUCCCCAGCUCCCGCCCACGCCGCCCAGCCUCACUCGCCUCAAGGAUCACCGCUCAGCCUAACACUCAAGAUCGAAACCGAUGGACCACGAUCUCUGUCAGAUGAAAUCCCGCUGGCGCCUACCGCCGCCAUGGCAGGGGUGGCGCGCGCACUGCUCAGGUAUAUGUGUCAAGACCUGGUCGCCGCCUCCGCCCUCGACUCUUCAGCAUUUCAAAGGUUAGUGUGGACAGUCUUAAAUCUUGGAGCAGCGCAUGGCACUUUUCGAGAAGAGGAACCCUUGCCCUCCGCCAGGCAGUUACUUAACACCUUCCUCAGUCCCAUGGCGGGUGACUCCCGCUCCAUAAUCGCCAGGGCAGUGCUUGACCAGCCCAACUUGUGCCUCUCACUACACCAGGACCGAGAUCUUCAACUCCUGACAGGUGCCAUACAUUUUAUCACGCCAAAAUUCGAACUCCGCAGCUAUGCCCUAGGCGCACAUCGUAUGGGCGAGCAAGAAACGGAGGAGGAAUCAGUAACGGCGCUCCUGGCUAACUUCUUCAGCGACGUGUUGGUGCCAGCAGCUAUGAGGGACAAACAUGUCACCGUUGUCAGUGACCAAGGAAGCCCAGCGGAGCCAGGUGUUGUAGGAGUGAGGUGUGUGUGGCACGCUACAGAGGCCGUGCUGGAAGCCUUGAUGAAUGAGCCAUCUUAUAGACAGAUCUGUGACGAUGUUGCGGCUGUUCUGUCCUUUCUGGCUGAUUCUGGGGUGGCCAGCGUGACGGGAUGUGGCCUGAAACCUCACGAGGUUCGGAGAUGGGACGCCCUUCUUCACGCUCUCAAUUUCAUUACUGCCCAUCAUGAUGAGCUCUGUGUAGUGAUGGCUGGCUGUGAGGGCGGCAGCUCCUUGCUGGGGGAACGCCAAGCGUACCAGGAGGUGGCUGAACUCCUGACGGGUGUAAGGCGAUGUCUGCUGACGGUACGGGAUCCCCUGCGGCCUACACUCAACCAAGCAGUGCUGUGUCGGGCCAAACUGCUGCAGCUAUGUGCUUCGCCAGCCAACUCACCGCCACUGAAGCAGCUGAAGGAGCACCUGGCCAGCAGCUUGACAGAAGCUCUAGCGCUCACGCCUCUCCACCACGUCGCCAGCUUCCUGGACCCAAGAUGCAAGUCUCUCAAGGUAAGUUACAACUAAUUCACAAAUAACCCGCACUUGAGAGUGGAACCUUAUGAUGAAGAUUUCGGUUUAUUCUGGAACAUUAUCAGGUAACAGCUGAUAAAAUAAUGGGAAGCGCUAAACCCUUAGGUGUCACUUAAAGCCUAGAUAAUAUACAAACACUUGCUAGGCUGCUUCUAAUUAAUUUUUUUAAAGGUACUUUUAUGUUGGUGAAGAGCUCUUAAUCCAAGUAAUUGAAGUUACUACCUCCCCAUCCUCGGAUCAAACCCGAUUAUCCCCUUAUUACCCAGGCACUGUACAACCCCUUCGGGUUUAGCGCUUCAACAUGACUAAACUCUCGUUCUUCAGUACCUUCUUGUCUCGGGCGGCAACAAUUAGGCUAUUAUGCAACGGUAAAUAAAAGUAUUGAAAAAGAGAAGUUCCCCCUUUGAAGUUGUGACUAUACAUUCUGAAUAGUUGGUUUAGAAAGACACGUAAGCAAACACUAUAACAUAUUUAUUAGAAAACGUUUCGGUCCUGGGACCUUGAUCACUUCUAACAUACAGGACCUGCCUCGCAUGGGCCAGUAGGCCUUCUACAGUGUUCCUCCAUUCUUAUGUUCUUAUGACAUUCCUCA